AUGGAAUCACAGGUUUUAGAUCUAAGUGUACCAUCUAGAAAGAGAGCGAAUAGCAACAAAUCAAAUUUCGACGACUUUUCAGACUCAGAUUCGAGUCGCAGCUCAAGCCCCCUCGACAAUGAAAGAUGUCCAUCCCAGCAAUAUAUUCGACACUGCAGCUCAAUGCGACUUCCGACACGAGUGAAGAGUCGUACAGAUUGGUCAGGACAGUCUGAUGACGGAUUGGACACAUCACCACCGGAAGUAAUUCAUGACGACAGAGUACCAGACGAUAAAUCUAUAUUUAGAAAUUAUCAGUACUCUCCCAUGAAAAUGUCAUCACAGGGGUACGAAGUAACCGAGAGUCCAUUUCAAAGAUAUGGUACAUUAAAAUGGAUCCAGCAAUCGCAGGAAAAUUUCCACGAAUCAAUCUACAAUUUUGAGCAGUUCACCUACGAUUCCAAGAUGGGUCGAUCCCCAGAGCAAACAGAUGCACGACCAUUCAUGUACAACUCAGCAUUAGAUCUGUCCAGUUCUUCAAAGAAAGUAGAAGUUUCACUAAACAGAGGUUUCACAAACUCGGCUCCAGAAUUACGAACAACCCCAUUAGUUAACAAGAGUAAAAUGGGACUCGGUCAUAUGCCCUGUGUAUAUCAAUCAGCUGAAAAAGCGGGGAAGAUAGAGGCUUCAAUGAAGGAAGAACAAGCAUCACCUUCACCACCUAACCACCCAUCGCCCUCCCCAGAUUUAGAGCCCACUAUUAGCAAGAAGGUCGACGGUAUAACAGUCACCCUCCACGACUCGAAUCUUUGGAACACAUUUAGAAAGCAUGGCACCGAGAUGAUUAUCAACAGAAAUGGAAGGUAA